GGCCAAAUAAAAUAGCGCGACCAAAGAGUAGUACUAAAAGAAAAGAAAGAAUCAAUUCCUCUUACUGAUACACUAAUACAGCAAAGCAACUCUUGUAUCUUUCUUUCUUUCUCUCUUUCUCUCCUAAUUCUCACCUCUCACCUUCGCAAAUCUUGCUCAUAAUCUGCCAAAAAUUUUGCAGAAAACAGAAUUAAACAUCUUAAGAACCAAAAUGUGCAGUAAACAGUAAAAUUCAGCUAAAAAUUUUCUGCUGUUUAACUGAAACAAAUUUCCAAGAGAUCUAUUCUACUCAUUGCAAUUCUAUUCUAUUAAAUAUAAUGGAAUCACCAAGCAGAAGUAGAAGCACAAGUAUAUACAGAAUUUCACAUUCAUCAUGUUUCUCAUUAUUAACAUUUUUCCUUAUCCUACUACUCUCAGGUAUUCUGCCAGUAUCAGUGGUAUCACUAGGAAUAAACUAUGGACAAAUAGCCAACAAUCUUCCUCCCCCAGAAAGAGUAGUCCCCCUUGUUAAAUCCAUUGGUGUUACCAAACUCAAGCUUUACGACGCUGACCCUAAAGUCUUAAAAGCCUUUGCCAAGACUGGGAUCGAAUUUACAGUCACAGUUGGGAACGAUUUACUGCCGCAACUAGCAAACGACCCUAAACAAGCGCUUGAUUGGGUUAAGAAAAAUGUUCAAUGUUACUUGCCUGACACAAAAGUAACAUGUAUUCUUUUAGGAAAUGAAGUAUUAACUUUUAAUGACACCUCUUUAACCAACAGUCUUCUUCCUGCAAUGCAGAAUGUUCAUUCUGCACUUCAAACAUUAAACUUAGACACCAAUGUGUGGGUAACUACUACUCAUAACUUGGCCAUUCUUGAGAAAUCUUAUCCACCUUCAGCCGGUUCGUUUCGACAAGAUCUUUGUGGGUGUCUUACACAAAUUCUGAAUUUCCAUGCCAAAACAGGAUCCCCAUUCUUGAUUAAUGCAUACCCAUAUUUUGCAUAUAAGGCUAGUCCACAAGAAGUGAAUCUUGAUUAUGUGUUAUUUGAAGCUAAGACAAAUAAUGUUUUAGUAGACCCAGGUUCUAAUUUGCAUUAUGAUAACAUGUUGUAUGCUCAAGUUGAUGCUGUUUAUGCUGCAAUGGGACCCACUUUUAGUAAAAGAGUACAAGUUCAGGUAUCUGAAACUGGUUGGCCUUCUAAGGGAGAUGAAGAUGAGUAUGGAGCUAAUCCUGAAAAUGCUAAAAAAUACAAUGGGAAUUUGAUUAAGCUUGUUAGUGAUAGUAGUAAAAAGGGUACACCCAUGAAGCCUAAUUGUGAUCUAAAUGUGUUUGUUUUUGCACUGUUUAAUGAGAAUAUGAAACCAGGACCAACUUCUGAAAGGAAUUAUGGGUUGUUUAAGCCUGAUGGAACACCAGCUUAUGCAUUGGGGUUUCCUACUAUUCAAGCAGUGGGUAAUGGCUCUAGUUAUGGCACUGGUGAGCCGGCUUCGGAUGCAACCGAAAAUCGUGGUGGUGAUGGUGGUGUUUAUGAUGAUACUUCUUCCAGUGGUUACCUCUCCAUUUCUUUAUCAACUGAACGAUACCCCUCGGCUAGUCUCACAAUCAUGUCAUUGGUUAUUUUAAUUAUUAUAAUGCAAUUUUAGGUCAGAUUACAACUAUAUAUUAUUUGAGUAUUAUUAUUUUCUCAAUUACUGAGCCAAUUGCAGAUUCGAAAAGAAUAUUCGGCAGAGAAAAAUAAAAAGGAAAGAUAAGAGACUUGAGAUUUAGGGAAGAGAUAUGAAAAGAUUAGUUUCUUUGCUUGUCCUGCUUUGUUUAUAUCAUUAUAUUUUUGCAAUUCAUUCUUGUUCUUUUUGACAGUGCAAACAUUAAGCCUCUUA